GCUCCGGGCGCUGCGCGGCGCUCGCGGCCCCGUCCACCAGCGCGGCGUGGGGGGGGGGUGGGGAAUGCGAUUAGGCACAAUUCGGGCGCCAGGCGGGCCACAGCGCGGUGACGGGGAAAGAAUAAGGAAGGACAGCCCCGCCGCGGAAGGGUGCCGGGCGGAUCUUCUCUUCAGUGUCUUCAGAAAGGUAUGGUGUCCAAAGCACUGGUGACCCAGAGCCCCGCUCCACUCGUGCAAGGAAGCCCUGAGGAGCCCUCCAAGAGAAGGCAGUGGGGGCUGCUGGCGACGGGCGCUGUUGGUGGGGCGCUGGUGGCACUGUAUGCUGUGGUCACCCCAUUCCUGGUGCCAGCUCUCAGGAAGGUCUGCCUGCCCUUUGUUCCUGCCACCUCAACGCAGAUCGAGAAUGUCCUGAAAAUGUUGGAGGGCAGAAGCGGCUCUCUAGCUGAUAUUGGUAGCGGGGAUGGCCGCGUUGUGAUAGCAGCUGCAAAAAUGGGAUUCAAAGCUGUUGGUUAUGAAUUAAAUCCCUGGCUAGUCUGGUACUCCAGAUACCGUGCCUGGAGAGACGGGGUACAUCACAACACCAGAUUCUAUAUAUCAGACUUGUGGAAGGUUUCUUUUUCCCAUUAUACAAAUGUUGUUAUUUUCGGGGUACCUCAAAUGAUGCCACAGUUGGAGAAGAAGCUCAAAGAAGAGCUUGAAUGUAAUGCCAGAAUCAUUGCCUGUCGUUUUCCUUUCCCUUGCUGGAACCCAGAUCAUACUGCAGGAGAGGGAAUAGACACUGUUUGGGCCUAUGAUUUGAAAUGUCCUAGUGGAAGUGAAAGAAAAAGCUUGGAAACAACACCAGCAGCAGAAUUUUAAACAUCUAAUGUGUUCAUGGACUGAAUUUUUCAGCUUUGAUUUCACCGGUUGGAAGAUGAGAUUAACGUGAAAUAGAGACCAGGAUAUUGAGGUGUAUAUUCUCUGAAAUAUUGGUACUGAAGUACAUUGGUUAUCUGAAAACACAAAAGGGUUUAGUUAAAAGACUUAAUGUGUUUAGUAAAAAGUAUUGGAAAGUGUUAUAGCAUCAGAAAACUUUAAUAUAGAAAAUGGGAUAAAACAGGGUACACUAUGGGAAGCAUGUGUUGAGGUUUAAAUGCUCAAAUUGGCUAGCCUAAAACCAGAGGUCAUCUGGUCCAAGCCCUCUGCUUAGGCAGGGCCACCUGUAGCCAGUUGCCCAGGUCUAUGUCAGACAUCUUCUGAAUAUCUCCAAGGAGAGAAACUUUGCUGUGUAGUGACUAUGUAAGUUUGUCAGACCUCUGCACAAGUGCUGUCUGGAGAUCUAAGCUUGAACAAGUUAGGGAGUUGCCACCUGACUACUAGGCAGUUGUUACCAUACCUAAAAUUAGCUCAGGCCAAGAGAAGUACAGAAAUGCUGCUCUUGGAUCAACACAAAGCCUGUGACAAAAAGCAUGAUUCUUGGGCUUACAGUAUCUGACUUGAAGAGAAGUUGUUUGUUAUUUGGGAUGUGUAGUCUACAGGUAUACUUGUACUCAAACUUUUUCGUGUUUGUGUGGGAGGGGAGGAGGAAGGCGAAUGUAAAAUAAAAUUCUCACUAAGGAGAUGAAAUAGUGCAGUAGAAUGUUUUUCUCCUUACUGUAUACAAAACAGGAGAAGAAAGGGGCAGAUGUAUCCUCAGGAGUCUGCGAAAGGAGAGAUGAUUUCAGCCUCACAUAUGGCAAAGCACAGCUGUGAGUACUGGGACUGUAUGUCUUGAAGAACACUGAUUACUAGUAAACCAUCUUUUACGGCAUUUCACUGCAGUGCAGCGUAGUGGAUCUUGUAAAACUACACUAAACUCUUUCCACCAUGAAUUAAGAGUUAUAAAUACUACAUGAUAGGACUGGGCUACAGCGGCUUAUCUAAAUGGCUGCACUUACUUUAAUAUCCCAAGGCCAUAAAACUGGAAUCUUGGACAAAGGAAAUCUGAAAUUAUUUCCACCAAAAAGAUGGUACAAAGGGGAUGUUGGCUAACUAAGCCAAGAGUCCUUCCCUGGAUGUUUAUAAAGGAGAAAAGGCAGAAGAUUUUGAUAAAUUAAGUUGUGACUCAUCUGCCGAGCAGUACUUUCAGCCAAGUUUCAACUGCUUGCUUUCACUAACAGUCACUAAAGUUAGUUAGCAAGGAAUGAAGUAGAUAUUUGUUUGGCUAUAUAUUUGUCUAUUGCAUUAUCAGGUGUCUUUUAAAAGUAAAUGUGAAUUUCUGCAUUUUACAUUUAAAGACUUUGGAGUGGGCUUCUUAGUUACCAGCUAUGGCUCCAGAAGUACUUGUUGAGGAGGGUGAGAUAAGGAGCUAAUGACUUGAUAGCCUGAGCUUUAGGAACACUAAGUACUGUUCUCAAGGCAAGGAGAAAUUUAUGAUGGCUCUUAAAGUGAAGCAGAGGGCUGUUUCUUACUCUAGACAUUUACCUUUUGUUAAGUGUCUACACUGAAGUAUACAGUGGUCCAUAGUUUUUUUUAUUCCUUAUUACAUAGAGGAAUGCAGUGCAUUUCCUGUUUCCAUGGCUGAAGUGUGAAGCAGAAAGCUAACUACUCUGAUUUACACAGGAGGGUUGGGAAAGCACAUUUUGUCAUGUCAUCCUCAAUUUUCCUGAUCACUUGUGUUGGUAUUUAAUCAAUUAAACUAUCAAAUGAGCACAACUGUGGCUUCAGUUAUCACUGUAUGGAUUAUGUUGAUACAUUUCCAAUUGCUCAGGUGAUUAUGAUUUCAUUGAUGUGCUACAUCGAAGUACACGUUUCUUACUUAUGGAAACCAAAAAGCCGUAGAGAACUGGCUUAAUUAAAUUACAGCACAAGUCUGAAGGCACAAGAAGGAAACCCCCAAGCUACACUGCUGUUCAAUACUGAAGUAAUUCAGAUACACAGAAAAAAACAGUAGUUUAUCUUUGUUUACAUCUUCUAGUAGAAUCACUUGACUUCUGGGAGCUACUUGUUUUAUCCCUUCCUCGUGCUGCCAGAUCUUAGCAAAAAAAAAGCUGCUACAUCUCUGAGUAAUGCUUUCCUGAAAUCCUGUAGAAUUUGAUCUGUUUGAAAAUAAAAUGGGUUGGAGUUCUUUGGACUCAGACUUUCAAAUUAUUUUUAACUCAUUCUUUGAGGCACGUUGUGUCCCCACGGGCUUUGUGGUGCAAGAUCAGUUGCACCAGUGCUCCUAUUACAUAAUCUUGUAGUUUUCUAUUUGACAUGAAUUGACUUUCUAGAGGGAGGGACAGUGGUAAGGUUUCAAGAGAGCCAUUCUAUAUGCAGGUCACUUAGUAUGUAUUGCACAGUCAGUAUAGCUACACAAGUCUCAGCUAAGCUUGUCCAGAUUUGUCUGUGAAAUGUGCACGUAUUUUAUGAGCUUUGGGCAUUUCUGUAUUAGUAGGUAUAUUGAAGUUCUUGAUUUACCCUAUGGAGUCUGAUUAUAUGCUCUCAUUUAAUCUAACGCUACUCCAAGGAAGCUAAUCCUCUGUCUCUGUGCUGCUGUUUGUGUCUCAUGAGUUGUAGCCAGGUAAGAAGAUAAGGAAUCAAAAUUUAAAAUACACUACCACGUUCCACAAGGCCAGUUGAAUGAGUAUGACUGGGGUGAAAACACUUCCAGAGCUCAGGCUAAGGGAAGUCUUUAAUGAAGGACACAUCUCAUGAGGUGCCAGAGAUCUCCCAAAUUCUGCUUUUUUUUUGUCUUAACAUAGACUUUUUUCAUGCAUGUAAGCUUUAAAAAAUAUUGCCACCACAAUACCAUUCUGAGAUCCAAGGAUGAAGUAAGCAGAGGUAGCAUCUUGUUCAUCUAUGUUUUGAAGUACGGGGAGGAGAAAAGAAGAAGGGUGUCUCACAGCCCAAGUAUGUCAAUUUGAACUAUUUCAAAAGCAGUUUGACAGACUUGCAUCUUAGCUGUGUGCAUUUCUCAUUGGAUGGGUGCAUCCUUACUAAGAAUAGGCUGUGAUGACAUGAGAGUCAGAAAUGUGUUAAUCAGAUACCAUGGUGUUUGAAUGAACAAUAACUCUUCACAGAUCACCUCAGGCUUCUAUAGUUUGUUUUCAUGGUGGUUUGCAAAUACUGAAGCAUUAUUCAAGAAACCAUGAAUCCGUCAGGUUCAUGAUUUAAGAGGGCAGUCUAACAUCAGAUUUAAUGACAAUAAAUUCUGAUUGGAGUUAUUUUUCCUUUACUCUUCCAAAAUUUGCAUAUCUCUAGUUUUGCAAAGUAACCACAAUUUGAUUUUUCAAAGUAAUAUGUUUCUGCCAGAAUAGUUCUUGAAAUCUUGAUUAGAAAGUGUGGCCUCCGUGUUUAACUGUAAAAAAAUCACCCCAAGUGUAAACGCUGCAAAAUAAGUAUUUUCAGUGUUUUUCUUUGUAUGAUAAUCUUUCUACUCAUCCUUGUCUGCUUUACCGAGGGAGACUUUUUAUAUGGUUAGAUACCAGUUUUUUUUUUUUUCUGCAUUCUGUUUUCUGAUAUAUUCCUCUUGUUUCAGCAUUUGUUUUUAUUUUUUAUACUGUUUUUUACAGUUUUGACUAUUUGCCUUCAUAAAUUCAUCAGAGCUUCUCAUUUCCUUUCAUUUUCUCUAAACCGGUUGCCUUUUUCCAGCAAACCUUGCAGAAAUACUUGCAGGAAUGUCCUCUUUCUCUGUAACUUUUUAACAUGUAUUUAACUAACCCACUUGAUUUAUUUAGCUGUCUGUAUGCUGACAUAGCAUGAUUUUUGUUUCCAGUAAAUGAAACAAAAAACACAUCCAUCUACAUGGUAUUAGACUGAAAAACAGCCUCGGUCUACAACAGUUCUGGACAUUUAGUAGUUUUAAGUACUUAAUUUAGCAUUUUUAUUAUAUUUCAUCACUUGGGAAAUGAAUACAGGCCUUUUAUCCAUUCAGUAGUCCUUUUCAUUUGGGUUAUUUGUUCAGGUGGGAUUUUUGCUGAUUUCUUUUUCUUAGUGUAAUGUUGGGUUUUCUAUUAGAGGCUUUGGCUGAAAUGUUGAACUGAUGUCUUUGCUGUGAAUUGCUAUGUAAAAAUCACUGUAAUGCAAUCCAGUGAACUGGUAGAAUUGGUUAAAAAAAAAAAAAAAA